CUUUCUCCGACUUUCUAGGACGUGUUUUAUGCCACUUAUUUUUCUGUCUCAUUCUGUCCACCAAACUUUUAACGUUGUGCGUGAAGGCACAAAGUCCCACUUGUAGCCUCCAGAGGGAGACAACGACCCAGACAAGGCAUAGCGUGUCCCCGUGCUCAGCGUCCCGCAGCAGCUUCGACUUGCACUCCCUCGGACUUGGGAGUCGGUGUUCGAGUACCACGCUGCCAGCCUCGCUCCGGCCGGGCCGGGAUGGAGAAAGACGAGCCUCCCCGCCCGCGGAACGGCUUGGUGGGCAUGCUCUACGGGGAGUUUACGGACACGCUCGACGACAAGGUCCGGUACUCGGUGAGCCUGACGGAGGGCGCCCUGACCGUCCAGAGGAUCUCGUCGUCCCCCGGCAGGACGAAGGUGGUCUUUAACCUGGCGGACUGCGUCGGUUGCCGGGCGCAGCGAGCGCAGGACAGCGCGGACGCGGGCGCCUACUUCCGCGCCUAUUUCUACCCGUUCAAGCGGCGCUGGAUGAGCGCCGGCGUGGCCCGGCAGCGGUUGGAGCAGUGCUUCAGGGUGGCGCUGGUCCAGGACGCCGCGGCCAACCUGCGAGAGGCGGAGAGGUGGGCGCGCGCCAUCCGGGACGCCGCGGUGCUCCAGGCGCCUCGGAGAGAUGGUGUCACGCUUUGGGAGGUGCGACGGCCUUGCAGAGUCAUGAUCCUGGUAAACCCUCACAGUGGGCGUGGCCAGGCUCUGCAGCUCUUCACUGGGCACGUGCAGGGCAUGCUCAAUGAAGCCGAUGUCCCCUACUCCCUUGUCAUCACAGAGCACCAGAACCACGCACGAGAGCUGGUGAAGAAGGCCGACCUGUCACAGUGGGACGCCCUGGUUAUCAUGUCGGGAGACGGGCUGCUCUUUGAGGUGGUUAACGGUCUGAUGGAGCGCGAUGACUGGCAAGAGGCCAUCCAGACCCCUCUGGGGAUUCUGCCGGGUGGCUCUGGCAACGCCCUGGCUGCCUCCGUCCAUCACUACUCUCAGUCACCUCCCGCGUGGAACGAGGAGCUGCUCCUGAGCUGCAGCUUCCUGCUGUGCAAAGGUCAGGUGGGCUCCUUGGACUUGGUGUCGGUCCAGCUGGCCUCCAAGCAGCGCCUCUUCUCCUUCCUGUCGCUGGCCUGGGGCUUUGUGGCCGACGUGGACAUCGAGAGUGAGAAGUACCGGCACGUGGGCGCCGUCCGCUUCCUGAUGGGCACCCUGGUGCGCCUGGCCACGCUGCGCGUCUACCGGGGCAGGUUGGCGUACUUGCCCGUGACGGAGAGGCCGGACCUUCCCUCCAGACCGAAGCCUUACUCGCCGUGCUCCUCCCUCCCCUGCCGGCCGGACCCCGACUACGCCCCCAACAGAGCCAACCGAAACUGUGUCAGCAACUCCUCCGCCAAGAGACCCGAAAGCGACGGCAAAACCAGAGCACCGGCAGAUUCUUUACUCCCAGGACUGGACCAGCCGCUCCCAGACAGCUGGACCGUGGUCGAGGAGGAGGACUUUGUCUUGGUGCUGGCCAUCUACCAGUCUCACCUGGCCGAGGACCUGUGGGCAGUCCCCGGCGCCCUGGCGGACGACGGAGUCAUCCACCUGUUCUACGUGACCGCCGGGAUCUCCCGGCCGGCCCUCCUGCGCCUCUUCCUGGCCAUGGAGAAGGGCGCCCACCUGGCCUGCGGCUGCCCCCACCUCGUCUACCAGAAGGUGCGGGCACUGCGGCUGGAGCCCCUCUCCCGGGAGGGCGUGAUCGCGGUGGACGGCGAGACGGUGCACUAUGGGCCGGUCCAGGCUCAGAUCCACCCCGGUCUGGCAAGACUCAUCUCUGGAUGACGGAUUAUGUUAAUCAGCUUUCAGUGUCGGUUGGAGCACAAUGAGACGCACUCUUGUCUUUGUCACGAGACGUGAUCCAUAAUGGAGGAGAUGUGUUGCAGACCACGCGUGGAAAGGAGGUCGAGCUCCCGAUGCAUCGUGGGCGUGUCGCCCGACGCGUGCUGCAGUCAAAUCCUUUGGGAGCGUGCAGUCGACUACUUGCAUCAGCAAGAUGUCUAAAAUAAGUCGAUAAUGGAUGUAAAAGUCAUUGUUUUGUCAUCAAGCCUGCUGAAUUUUGAACACCGUAGAGCAGGAAAUAUGUAUGUUCAAUACAAUGCAGUGUUUUUAUUCAAAUAAAAAAUAAACAUCUGGGAA